AAAAAAGUAUAGGUAAUUUUUAUUAUUUUAGUACAGUAACCGGAUCCCAUUCGAAAAUACAGUAGAAUUUAUUUCAGAACUUGGUAUUUUCAACUGGUCACAUAAAUUAUUUUUAAUGUGAUGGCAUGGUAAAAAUUAUUCCUCCAUAAUGUCUUUUACUAUACCAUGAUAGUAAAAAUUACACGAACCAAUAAUGUAAAAAUUAAUGUGUGGUGAAGAAAAAAAUACUCGUCUUGAAGUAAUUUUUACUAUUUGAAAAGUAAAAAUUAUUCUAUCGUAAUAAUUUUUACUGUAUUUUAAUAGUAAAAAUUACUCGAACCAAUUGUGUAAAGAUUAAUAGGCGUUGAAGUAAAAAAUGCUUGUUUUGAGGUAAUUUUUACUAUUUGAGAAAUAAAAAGUACUUGUGGUGAGGUAAUUUUUACUUUGGAGCAAUGAUAUCAAUUUUCAAAAUUAAAUUUAAAAAAAUUAAAAUAAAGGGGUAGGAUUGCGCUAUUUUGAAUUUUAUUCACACCGUUGGAAUGUACUCGAUGUGGAGGAUUUUUCACAAUUUUAAUCUCUUACGAAAAUUUCCUUACCUAAUGACCUAACGGGGAAUCGAACCUAGUACCCUACAGUUUCCUAACUACCUAACUUGACAACUCGGCUAUGACCACGCUUCUAAUGAACGAGGAUUAAAAGAACAUAUUAUUUGUUUGCAAACGUGUGGUGCUAUUUCAAAUCACGUUACUGUUUAUUACGUGCAGUUUGAUUGGAUAGCGCUUUUUCACAUGUUUGUGUGUGUAUUUUCUGUGUUGCCGGUAUAUCGUAUCCAUAUUAAUAAUAAUAGUUUCAUCAUUCAUUGUCCGUGAAUUUUGUUGAAUUGUUCCAUUUUACGUGAUUUGAUUUUUCGUUAACUCCAACUUUGUGAGUAUUACUGUAAAGCUUUGUUACAUUGCGUUCGUUGCGUCUUACUACGAUCAUAAUGAAUAGCGAAUUUUCUUCGCAAGAAUAUUCUGUUUAUUGUAACCUCGAUAACAAUAAUAUCGUAAAGACGGUUACUGUUAGCGAAGAAGCUAUGAAUCUAAUUCGUAAAUCUCAAUCUAGUGCAAGUGAUAUCGCCGAUACCAGAUCAACUCUAUCAACAGCUGUUAAUACGUUACUGAAUACUGAUGAAAUAGCUUCAACCUCGUCGUUAACAGGAAAUGCUGUAAGCAGUUUGGUACAGAAACCCAUAGCUAAUGAUGUUUCUCAACCAAUAAAUAUAACUUCAUCAUCUGAUAACGCGCCAAAUGAAGAUGUUAGAGAAUUGUACCAGGUUUUACGCGAAGAUCGUUUGUGUAAUCAAAUACUGAGAAAUUAUGAAACAGAUGGAAAGCUUUCUAGAACACAUCGUAGCAAAAUUGUACGCACAAUCAUUCAAAACCAAAUCAAUACCCAUCAGACCUUGAAUCACAAAGACUUUGAUAAACUAAGUAGCAUCCUAGUACACAUUUUUCCAUCGGAAUCUAAGACGGUUUUUUAUGAACCAGCGAGGAGGACAGUAAAGGAAAGUAUUCCGGCCUCCGGAAAACUGUACCACACAUACUCCCAUUACUUGCGUGAACUUAAAAAAACUAAAUCCGUUAAAGAAGAUAAGAAGAAUUCAUCAGUUUUGUCUACAUCAUCGGAAGUGGAUGCUACUGAAGACACCCAGAAAGUAAAGUGGUUAGAAAAAAAUUUGGAGCCUGAUGAUACUGUUCGAAUGUACUGGAGUGAAACUACAAAAUUAAGACUACAAAUAUUGGAAGAUUUAAAAAUUCAGAAAUAUCUGGAACGAUUUCCAGUAUUAAAAACAUCGUUGGCACCGAACUUGUUGGCAGAUGAUUUUAUCUUCAAAUUCGGGCCAAACGAAUUUUCUUCCAAUUGGACGAGUAUCAAGCCUCAGCUUAUCAAAAUUUUGUUGAAAGAAACGUUCAGUUCAGCUGACGCGAUUGCAAAUCAAGCCCUGUUGACUCUUACAGAGGGUGAUCAACAAGAUAUAAUUAUUUUGUCAUUGCUUCCCAGUAUUAUUCGGCCAACCUUUGUCAAAGCUAAACGUGAUCACGAAGGUAAAGUCUUGCUGCCUAGGUACAAGCCUUCAAGAGCUGAGGUGUUAAACUCUAUGUUUCUUAUCGUGCAAAGUGAUACAGAUAUUCAGGCGGCAGUUACAGAACGCCAAACAAAUGUUAAAACAACAUACCAACCCACUGCUUUAUUCGUUGGACAUCUGGGAAAAUUAGAAAGGUAUUGGAUUACUUUUGACGGUGUCAAAUUUUCGUUCAACUCCGCGGAAGAAACGUUAUCAAACUUGUUCAAUUUUUAUUAUGCGUUGGAUGCGGAGUAUCCGAGGGAAAGCGAACAAAUCUGGAAACUAUUACAGAUUACCUGUUUGAAGGGUAAUUUUCAAGAUAAUCGUAAUAAUGGAGUUGACUUGAUUAGUCUACUUAAACAGUUACAGUAUUAAGUACUUAGUUUGUAUUUGCAUGUUGUCAGUAUGAAUGGGAAUACUUGUUUCGCUUGUUUUUGCCCUUUGCCUUCAAAUGAUGAUCUCUUAAUUCAUAUCGACACUUUCCAUAGUGGCUUAUCUUCUUUUCGGUGUGUUGGUUCUUGUGCUCGGUUAUUUAAUUCUUUAAAAUCUUAUAAAAAACAUAGACGUAGUAAACAUGCGGAUGAUACUCUGCCAGUGAACACUGAAUCUAAUUAUAUUGCUGUUCUAAACGAUUCUUUUCUAAACGAUUCUUUUGAAACCAAUUUUGAUGUAGGUCAUGUUAUGAACGAUGAUUCGCAUUCAAAUAAUCAGAACAAUGCAUCAGAAAUAACUUCUACAUCUGAUGAGGAAAUGCUUCAUUAUUUUGAAUCAUUGAAAAUUAAUAACCGUUCUCAUAGCAAUUUGCCUCCGAAUGCAAGUUUUGAGCUGUCUUUGAAAAAUGAUAUCCUGCAUAAUUUAGCUAAACUAUACAACUUUACUGAUGUUUCUAGAAAGAGGGUACAGGACAUCAUUGAUGUACAAAGUAAUUACCUUCAAGGCGCAGCAUUUUUAAAUUUAAAAAGCUCAAUUUUAAAUCGAUUAGCUGAACUUGGAGAGUCAAGUGACAAUCUUCAUUGUUUUAAAAAUAAGCUUGAAUCAUUUUCUAAUCCUUUUGAAAAAUUGAAUCUAAGUAGCGAAUAUCGCCAUGAGAAAUUUUUUAUUGAUAACACUACUUUAGUUCCUCCUGAAAAAUACGUAAUUGGAGAAAGGUUUGACUAUAGGCGUGAUCAGGAUGAUAAGCAAAGGUUACAACCUGUCCAAUGUGACGGCCAAAUCAUUCCCCUCUCCAAAACAUUUCAGCAACUGUUUGAGAUGCCCAAUGUCCUUCAUGAAACGGUUUCAUAUCUAAACUAUCUAACAAAUGAAAAUGAAAUUGUAUCAAAUUUCAUUCAAGGUGACUUUUGGCGAAAAUUUAAUUUUAAAUAUGACGAGUCGGCAAUCACACUGCCGUUGUUUCUAUUCUUUGACGAUUACGAGACAAAUAAUCCGUUAGGUUCCCACAGUGGUGUUUCAAAAUUAGGCGCUGUUUACGCUUCAAUUCCGUGCUUGCCAAUAAACUACCAGUCAAAGUUAGACAAUAUUUUUCUAUUUUUAUUAUUUAAUACUUUAGAUCGAAAAUCGUUUGGAAAUUUGUCUGUUUUUAGUAGAGCAAUAGAUGAAAUUAAAUUAUUGCAAAGUAAAGGAAUUUUUGUCAAAGGAGAUGGUGAAAAGGUUACUAAAAUUUACUUCAAGUUAUGUCUAGUGUUGGGUGAUAAUUUAGGCAUUCAUCAACUCUUUGGUUUUGUGGAAUCAUUUAAUGCUAAUUUUUUUUGUCGUUUCUGUCUUAUUAAUAAGAAAAACUUGAGUGAUAUUCUCAAUGAAAAGAAAUGCAUCCUAAGAACAGAAGAAAAUUAUGUAGAACAUCUGAAUAUUAAUAAUACAUCGCUAACUGGUCUCGUUGAAUCAUGUGUCUUACAUGAAAUUGAAGGAUUUCAUGUAACUCAGAAUAUUGCAUGUGAUCCCAUGCACGAUCUUCUAGAAGGGGUUUUAAAAUACGAUCUUGCUAAUUUAUUUUCUUACUUUAUCCGUAUUAAGAGAUAUGUCACUCUUGAUCAUCUUAAUGAUAUUCUUAAUGGUUUUAAUUACUCAGUAAACGAUAAGCGAAACACUCCUCCGAGUAUAAGUGAAAAUAAUUUAAAUAAUAAGUUUAUUUCAUCGAUGUCUGCUGCAGAAAUGUUAUGCUUGAUUCGAAAUUUACCUCUUAUGUUAGGUGAUUUUAUACCAGAGGCAGAGCCAGGUUGGAUUCUAAUUAUUUCUUUGAAAGAAAUUAUUGAUAUUGUUUUCUCUCACAAUCACCACAGAAAUAUGUAUUUAAAGUUGGAAACUCUUAUUUCAGAAUAUCUAGAAUUGUUGCUCGACUUGUUUCCUCAAUGUAUGAAGCCAAAACACCAUUUUCUUCUGCACUACCCUCGCAUUAUGAAGUUAAUGGGGCCUCUUUCUAAACUUUCUGCAUUUCGUUAUGAAAGUAAACAUAAGGAGGGUAAAGUAACAUCUCGCGUUUCUGUUUGUCGAAAAAAUGUUGCUCGCACUGUUGCUUUCAAACAUCAGUUGAAAUUCAACUAUCGCCUUGUAAGUAAAGAGUCAUAUGCAUGGUUUCAGUGUGGCCCUGUCACUGUGAAUUCCUUAGUAAAUCUUCCUGACUGUGAACAGUUAUCCUGUCUAUUACCUUCGCAUUUUCAUCCCAAUGCAAUUUCCAGUACCAAGUACAUCUCUUUUUUAAAUUCAAUUAUUAAAAUUGGUUCAAUCUUAAUGUUUCCGAGUGAUUUCAUUGAAUUUCACACUGUAAAACACAUGUUCCUAUCAGAGUCUAAUACUCAGCUUGUAAUUAUUACUCAACUUAUUAAUGCAUUCUACCAUCCUCAUUAUGAUGCCUAUGAAAUAGGUAAUUAUGGUAGCGAGUUAUUUAUGUUUCAAUUUGAUGACUUAUUUCACUUUCGUAUUUCACAUAAAGUCACUCUCAGAAAUUCGAGGGAAUAUAUUUUAAAAAGAUGGAUCUAGAGACAUUUUUUCAGGCAAUUUGAUUAUGUUUUAAGUUAAACUUUGAUGUAAAUCCAAUUCAUACUGACUUCCUCAUUUUAUUUCUUUGCUCUUUUGUGCCUGAGUGGGCCUCUUAGUUGUUGUUAUAGUACGUAACUUUCCAGUAAUUUGUUUUCCUUUUUUUUUUUUUUCCUAAUUGACAUGUGUCAAAUUUUGAUGUAAUCGAAUUCAUACUGACUUCAUUUUAUUUAUUUGCUGUUUUCUGCCUCAGUUGAAUUCAUACUGACUUCCUCAUUUUAUUUCUUUGCUCUUUUCUGCCUGAGUGGGCCUCUUAGUUGUUAUUAUAAUACGUAACUUUCCAGUGAUUUGUUUUCCUUUUUUUUUUUUUUUACUUUUUAAUUGAAAUGGUCAAAUUUUGAUGUAAUCGAAUUCAUACUGACUUCAUAUCAUUUAUUUGUUGUUUUCUGCCUACAUUGGUAUUUUUUUCAUUUUUUUGUGUUUUUUUUAUGAUUUUAACCUGUACUUACGUGUUGACAUAAUACAUAUUUUCUUUUUAGAAAAAAAAAAAAAAAAAAAAAAUUGUUUUCCAAUUAGUCAUUCUUUUGAGCUUUUUGUUCUUAUAUUUUAACUGUUGUUGAAGGAUACCUACUCGUAGUUUUAGCAAACUUUUUGGAGUGUGUUCAUAGGUAUUCAUCAGUAGGUACCAAAGUAUGUAAGUUGGAUGUACUUUACCUACGUAUGUAAUGUAUUUUUCUUCCAGUAUUUUGUUGUAUAAGUAUUCUAAGUAUGAGUGUGAUAUUUUUUUUUUUUACUGUUGAUACUUGACCAUCAUACUUAUGUAGGGCUAUUUAAUGUAAAAUUUUCAGGCUGAGUUUCUGUAUCAGUCACUUUUUUGAGCCAAGUAAACUCUUUAGUUUUUAGUAGGAAAUGUUUGUGUUCUUAAUUUAGUUUUAAAAAAACGUGUUUUCAUUAUGUAGGUACCUAAUUAUUUGUUCAAAUAAUUAUAUAAUGCAUACGUAAUUUCUGUUUUAUUUCAUAACAUUCUAGUGUACAGACUAAU